AUGUCAAAAGGAAGAUUCUACUUGGAGCAGGACUUCAACGCAUUAAGUCCAGAAGCCAACAAUGAUCUCCACUAUACAGUACCUGGUGAACACCAACCGCUGCUAGGAAAUGACCCCCCUAUCGUACCCGAGGGCCUGAGUGACAACGAAAACGAUGAGCAGCAGACUGUGCCCAAAAACGCCGCGCUUAUUAUUUUCUGCGUUGCCUGCAUGACUUUUAUCGGAAGCUUCUUGGGUGGGCUCAUCACAGUCGAUAUUCCACAGAUCGCAUCAGAGUUGAAGUUGGAGCCUGGGUGUAUCUUUACUGUUGCGUGUGGUCUGUCUCAAACCGGCACCCAACUUAUUGCCUUUCGUAUUAUGUCCGGUGUCGCUAUCUCACUAUGCUUGCCAUCCGCUAUGAGCAUCAAUGUCGAAAAUUUCCCAGCUGGGAAGCUUCGAAAUAUGGCUUUUGCUUUUAUGGGUGGAGGACAACCCAUAGGCUUCGGUACCGGCGUCAUUGUUGGGGGAGUUUUUGCAGAUACUAUUGGAUGGCGAUGGGGCUUCUACUCCGCUGCCAUUGCCAGUGCCCUCGGUUUCUUGCUAUCUCUCUGGCAACUUCCACUUCAAGCCAAGGACCUAGAAAAGAUUGCAUGGGAGCAAUUGGUAGUUGGCAUUGACUGGGUUGGAACCUUUGCUGCCAGUGCUUCAAUGGCUUUUUUGUUGUACGCAUUAGCUGUCAUUACAGACGAUGUACAGAAAAUUCGUGAUCCAGAUGUUUUGGGUCCCUUGAUUCUUUCUGGCAGUCUUCUCGUUGGAUUUGUUGUCUGGCAACGCCGCCAAGAAAUUCUUGAUAGGCCGACAGUAAUCCGAAAUUCACUCUGGAGGAACACAGCAUUUACUGCUGUCUGCAUGAAUGUAUUCCUGAUCUGGGGCUCAUUCAAUGCUACCGAGCAAGUCAUCAACUUUGUAUUUCAACGAGUGCAAGGAUUGUCAGUGCUUGCAACCUCUUGGCAGUUCCUACCAAUCCCGAUCUCCGGUACACUCAGUAGCCUUAUUACUGGGCUUAUCUUGCAUCGGGUUCGGGCGGACAUUAUUAUCAGCACUACGGUAAUUAUCUCAAGCUUCUCGCCAAUAAUGAUGGCGUUGAGCGACCCAGCUUGGUCAUAUUGGAAAUGUUCCUUUCCUGCCAUUUUUCUCAACUGCAUUGCGGCGGACUCUUUCUUCACCAUUUCAAAUAUGAUUAUUGCCGGUGUCUUUCCUGCUGAAACACAAGGCUUGGCUGCAGGAGUAUUCAAUACCAUCUCCCAGAUUGGAAAAGCAGUCGGGAUGGCUUUGACUGCGAUGAUUGCAAAUGCUGUCACAGAGCAUGGAUUAGAAGCACAUGAUAUCAAGCAUGCCGAAGAACGGUAUCGAAUGGCUUUAAUGAGCGGAUAUCGGGCAGCAUUUUAUUUUUUGUUUGCGAUGAAUAUUACGAGCUUGGUGGUUAGUCUUAUUGGAUUGCGAAAAAUUGGAUAUGUUGGAAGAGCAGUUGAAUCUCGACACUAG